AGAGCAGCGUCUUACUUUACUGCUUUCUUAGAAAUCACAGUGAGAGACACGACAUAUCUGGCAGGAGAUGAGUCCAUGAAUAGAUGUGGAUGUCACCAACAAGCUGUAGAGAAUGUCUGGAAUAAAUCAGAUGUUUCUUCUCAUCGUCUUUCAAGGCUUCUAUCUGGGUUCUGAAGGUCAGCGGUGGACGUUCCCUGAUGAAGUCACUGCUCUGAUUGGCUCCUGUGUGGAGAUUCCUUGUACAUAUGAUCCGGGGACCUCAGGACCGUCCAGCACUGUAUGGUACUUAUUUAAUGCCAUACGUUAUCCAGAGAUCCUAAACACCAAGUAUCCAUCUUUAGUACUGGAGGAAUACAGCGGUAGAACCUCACUGGUCCCAGGACAGGACUGUACCCUGAGGAUAGACCCUGUGAGGAGAGAAGACGGAAACAGACAUUAUUAUCCAGGAAUUGCAGAAGAUAAAAACACAAAUGCAUAUGAAAAAGACGGUGGGAUUGUUUAUCUCUCUGUGAAGGGUUCUCCAGGAAAUAUUGAUAUAUCGGGAAAAGAAAGUGGAGAGGGGAUUAUUGUAGAAUGUUCUGUACAUCACACAUGCGGCUCCCGUCCUCCUACUAUACAAUGGAACAAACCCGGGGAGGUUACAAAUCGGUCAAAGGAGAUUUAUAGAGGACAAUGGAGAGAAGAAUCAUCUCUUACAUUUAUCCCUUCAGAUGUGGAUGAUGGGAGUGAUGUUCGGUGCACGUUGACAUAUCCUGGAGGAAUACGAACAAAAUCAAGAAAGCUGAGCAUCUCCUAUUCUCCUAAAACUGUGACCGUCACCGUCAUUGGGAGGGAUGGAGUAAUGGAAGGAAGUGAUGUGACUUUACAGUGUAAGAGCGUAUCUAAUCCUGAUGUAUCUGAGUAUGAAUGGUACAAAGGGAAAAAGAAAACCAGAUUAGAGUAUACAGGACGGGAGAUCAUAGUGGGGAAAGUGACCGGGAACAUGGAGCCCUAUUCCUGUGCUGCUAUAAAUACAGUGGGGAGAGGAGAAUCAGCCCUGAUGGAGAUACCUGUACUAUACGCAGCAGCUGGAGUUCACAUCACAGUAAAGGAUGAAAGUAAAUUCACAGAACUGACAUGUGAUUUCCUAAGCAGCCGACCGGAUGUAUCUCACUACACCUGGAUGAAGGAUGGAUCUAUAUUGCACAACGAGACGGGGAAGACUAUGACCCUACACAGUAACGAUACCUACGGGCGGUAUUCAUGUAUCGCCCACAACAGGGCUGGAGAUUCCUCCUCGGAAGAGAUCUGUAUAAAAUGCCAUAAAGUGAAUUUACCUCUGAUUUUGAGGACGGUUGCUGGAAUUCUCUUUCUAGUUAUUAAUCUGACCAUCUAUAUUUUAUGUUUACGACAAACCUGCAAUUCCCGUUGUCUGGGGUCCCCAAAACAAAGAACAGCUGCCGGGAAUCUCUCCAGUAACACAAUGGAGAAGGAUAAAACAUUAAUAGAACAAAAACAGUAUGAAAAUAUCCAGAGUGGUCGCAAAACUCAACCGGAUUCAAUGGGAUCAAUGUCUUCAGUGAAGGUGCAUGUUAAAGAGAAUUGUGCUAUUUACAGCAAUAGUUGAGAUCCGUAUGAUCAGUGAGAUCUGUACAGCAGAGAACAAACCACCAGGAGGAUAUCCACAGUGAACACAAGUGACUUGUUAUCUAAGAACAACCCAAGUGAACCCGAUGGGUCCUACUGCUCAUCACAAAUGAUACAACUGAUGGUUACACAUCUAAGAUACUUAUUCUUCAGCCAGCACAUCCUUUGUUCUUCAUCUUGGUUAUUUUAUCCCAGACUACGGAAAAGGCUAGCAGUAACUGAGCCUAUAGGCAUCUUGUGGCCCCACGCAGCGCUCCAUCUGAUCCUCUCAUACAUCUCAGUAGACUGUUACUUUUUUCACAGGUCCCAUAGCCAAAAAAAUUUAAGUUGAAUAUUAAGAAAUCUCCCAUGUUUAAAGGGGUAUUCCUGGAAAAAACUUUUAAAUAUAUAUAUAUAUCAACUGG